AAUAUGCGCAGCGAUUUUAUUGCGGUUGGUCGUUGAACCAAUUUUGCGGCAACUUCGUACGUGUACGUAUUACGUAUAUAGUAGACGCUCAGGUGUGCAUGAGUAUGGGUAGGCCGCCCGCCGCAGCGGUGAGCAAACAAUACUAGUAAAGUAACGAAAUUUUUCGUCUUUACUUAUCAUAAAUAAUUCGCGUAAAUUCGUGACUUUCGCGAUAGGAAAGAAAUUAUGUGAUGGUGAAGUUUUAUCGACCAAGAGGGUCAGCAAAGAUAUCACUUUGAGCGAUAAAAUAUACAUGUGUAUGCGUGCGUUUGUGCAAGUGCUUUUUUUACAUAUGGAAUAACUCCCGUCUGUAUCAGUGUGUGUGAGCGAGCGGUUUCGCAUGCUUUGCUGCCACCUCACACGACAGCAAAACGUUUAUGCGGUCACGAAAAUUAGCGCUUGUUACAAAGGUUAUAAAAUCCUUGUCGUGUAUUUGUUAUAACUGUUUUCUAUUUCGGGAUUAGCGAUCGCUUGUGUGUUCCAUCUGUGUGUGUAUGUGGAUAAAAUAAAGAGGAAAAUUCAUCAUGAGUUUGAUUGCGACUGACGAAGCGUUUUUUUCACGGCUGCUUCAAAAGUGUUUCUCUCAAUCAAUUAUUUGCUUCACCGAUGGUCUCUGUUAAGAACGGGUGUAAUCGAAAUUGUUUCUAUUGCUAUUCGUGAAAAAUGUGGUUCCCAGUUGACAAUUCUUUGGACUAAUGCUGCGUUGAAAGCGCAAUAAAGUGCCUCGAUUUCUUAUUUUUUCUUUUUCACCAAAGCUGAAAACACCAGGAUAAUGAGCAAUUUACACAAUUCGUCGAUGAUCGCAGUCGCGAUCGGUGCGACGAUCGGUGUUCUCGGUGCUGCUACUAUGCUGAUUUAUCAAAAAAUCGUUGAACAGAGACAAAACGCUAUGAUGAACGAUUAUGUAGAAAAUGUUGAUAGAAGAUUUGCUCAAUUGGAAGCUGAAUUAAAGAACGUCAGAAAUCAACAGAAAAAUCGUAAAUCUAGAGCCAUAACUCGUAAGCGAGUGACUUCUCUGAGCAGUUUUUGUACGGCUGAAGAUGGAGAAACAGAUGCGGAUGCGAUGUCCAUUGCUGAGACGGAAACAGCGGAUGAUGAGUUUUACGACUGUUCGGAUGAAGAAUUUGGAGGAGGAGAUACUGAAAAUGGGACUUCAAGAGCAAUGAAGGAUCUGAGGCUCCAGCUGGAAGCGUUGGAUGAGAAAAUGGAGAACGAGUUGUUGCUGGAGGAGGCAUUGUGCGAUCUUCGUUCGUUGGUUAUUUGGCACGACAACAACGUUGAAGUUAUUUCGAGGUUUGGAAAGGCUUGUUUCAAAAAUGCUAAUGGUAUUACGGAUCAAGCGAGACAGGAAAAAUUACUUCGUGAAGGUAUCGAAGUUUGCGAACGAGUUCUCGAAAUGGAUCAUGCUGAUUUGCACAAGUGGUACGCGCUGCUUCUCGGUUCGAGAACCGAUUAUUUGCCGAUCAAGGAAAAACUCGAAAACGGUAUGCGCUUUGAGAAGCACGUUAAAAAAGCCCUAAGUCUGAGACCUUCGGAUCCCACACUUCAUUAUCUCUUAGGAAGAUUCAAAUAUUCCGUUGCGGGUCUCAGUUGGAUCGAGAGAAAGGUAUGCGCAACACUAUUUGGCGAAGUUCCGCCGGCAACUUACGAAGAGGUGAUAAGACAUAUGGAGGAGGCGGAGCGACUUAGCGAAAAGCCAGAUAUAGAGUACAAGUAUUAUUUAGGGAUGGCGCACCUGAAGACUAAAUCCUACAAAAGAGCGAUGGAAUUAUUGCAUCAAGUCAAUGAUUUACCUGCCGAAAAAGAAUCUCAGGAAUCAUUGAAAAACGAAGCCAAAGAUGCUAUAACACAGUACUCGAGUUAUUCGUGAUGAACAAUCCAACGUUACGUUUAUAUUGAAACACGGGUUUAAGAGCUUCUCGCCGGAAUAAUGCGGAAUAUCGGCUCUCAUACGAUCGUAUCUUAUAGGCCCAAAUGUUCACCAAUGUUGUUGUAAUAUGAGAAUUGUACUAUCCAACGACCGCAAAUUUUAUUUUUCCGUUGAAUAUUAUGUUUCGUUUGUCAGUCAUGUGUCCAAAUCAAAUUUUUACACCGUUCGCAAAUACUUUUCUUUUGUAACUUCGAUUUUUUGUGAAAAUGUGAAAAAUUUCUCCAUCCUGAGAUUAGAUUUUUUUGUUUGUCGAUAUUUUAUUUUUUGACUAGACGAAAGUGGUAAUACGAGUAGUAUUCACUCGGCCUCGAGGUUUAUUAUGGAAAAAGUACAUUACAAAAUUAGCAUCACGAAGAUAUUUAUAUCGUAACCUCUUCCAAAAAAUGUGGCUUCAUAAGAAUGUAACGAAACACUGUAGUUUUACCAUAAAAUUUUUAGAGAUUGAACAAGUAUUUCAUUACAUUCUGAAAACGACUGACUAUCCGGUCAUUUUUCACAACGAAAGAGCUGUAAUGACAUCAGGAAAAAAUAAUUUCAACGGUUUCAAAAACACUUCGUUUAUACAAAAGUUAUCGCGUAUCAAACACGAACGCAUCCAUAUACGAGCAGAAUUUUAUUGUAAGUAACAUAAAAAAUGAAAAAAAAAUUGGAUUUAAAUGGAGUUGGGCAAUAUUCUUCCCCCCUAAUUUAUAAUUCAUUUCAUUCCGUUAGUGUUUAACAAAAGCGACUGAGAGAGAGACCCUCUUGUUUUAUUAAGGUGCUGGAUUAUAUUUUGUAAACAUUUACAUACGUAAAUCGUCCCAAAUAACGAAAAUUUUUCCUUCUUUUUUCUUCCUGCGAUCUCUAAGUAUUAAAAAAUACAAACCAUACAUAAAAUUGAGGGGAAAAAAAUAACACGAAUAUACGGAAAGUGAAAUAGAGUGGAUCGGAAAAGUCCUAAUCAAUUUAGAUAUAGGAAUAGGAGAACAAAACAAAUAUAUAUAAAUAUUAUAUAUAUAUAUAUACCGUUCCUUUUAUAUCUGCAAUAAAUUGCUGUCAAAAUAUGA